AUGGAUGCCAAAGACUUACUUGAAAGCCUCAAAGCAGACCUCAUUUGCCCCAUCUGCCUGGGCCACUUCACUGACCCAGUGAUUGCCAAAUGUGGUCAUAGCUUUUGCUCACAGUGUCUUCUCCAGUGCAGGGAUGGAGCUGAUUCUACAAUAAACUGUCCAGAGUGCAGACAAGUCAUUCAAAUCAGCAAGUUGGUGCCCAAUAGGAACCUGCAGAAUCUUUCUCUCAGGGGCAAAAUGAUCAGACCUUAUUUGCUUCAGAGCAUGCUGGGCCUGACCACCUGUGACCAACAUCUGGAAAAGGAGAAGCUCUUCUGUGAGGAAGACCAGAGACCCCUCUGUGAGUCUUGUUCAUUAGCCACAGAGCACAAAGAUCACCAAGUCCUUCCUUUGGAUAAGGCUGCUGAUGAAUGCAGGGAGAAGCUCCAGGAGACCUGGAAUAUGUUACAGAGUAAAGUGGAAGAAUUUAAAUUUUCAUUGGAUCUUGCAAGAAAAAAAGAGGCACAGUACAAGGAGAAUAUUCAUGGACUUAGAGAGACAGUUAAAUUUGAAUAUGAGAAAAUGCACCAGUUCUUAUGGGAUGAAGAAUAUCUAUAUAUGAAAAUAAUGGACCAGGAAUGCAGAGACAACCUGGCAGAAUUCGAGGAGAAGAAGGCCAGAUUUUCACAACAAAUCCAGAGUCUGCAGCAAAGUAUGCUCAAAAUAGAGGAGAAUUUGGACAAAGCUCCCUUGGAAAUGCUCCAGGAUAUGAAAGACACCUUGGCAAGGAAUGAGGAGCUGCUACUUCAAGAACCAGUGGUUCCCUUCCCUACCUGGAGCAUCUGCCCCAUCACUGGCUUGAGAGAUAUGCUCAAGACUUUCCAGAGGGAUAUAACUCUAGAUCCUGAAACAGCCAAUCCUCAUCUCAUCGUGUCUGAAGAUUUGAAGACUGUCACAUAUACAAAUUUCCCACAGGAUCUGCCUGACAAUGAAGAAAGAUUUGACACUGCUCCUACUGUACUGGGGGCCCAGACUUUCACCUCUGGCAGACACUACUGGGAAGUGGUUGUGGGAGAUAAGACACAGUGGACACUGGGAAUCUGUGAAGAUUCAAUCAGCAGAAAGGGGGCACAUUCCCUAUUAUCCAAGGAUAUAAGGACCUUAGUUGGAUUCAAAAAUGGGAAUGAUUUAUUUCUCUGGAAUUCACAAAGUGGUUUUUAUGAGAGCAAGCCUAUUCACUCGGUGGGUAUUUUUCUUGACUAUGAAAAGGGACAUAUAGCAUUUUACAAUGUUACAGAGAGAUCCCUUAUCUUCAGUCCCCUGAACCUAGCCUUUCAAGGAGCUCUACGGCCUUACUUUUCUCCUUGUUCUCCUGAUGAAGAAAAUAGCUCUGAAACACUCAUUAUCUGUCAUCGUAAUAAUCAGUAA